GCUCCUCGGCAUGACUGUCUGCCUGGUCCUUGUCGGUCCCUACAGUUCCCACCCCCGGCCCCGGCCUUCUCCGGGUGGAGCCGGCCCCCGACUUUCAUCCCCCCACCUUUAACUGCCCGCCCUGGUAUUCGUCCCCCGCUCCUCUGGCCUCGGCCCUGCCAAGGGUCCCUUUCUCUGAGCCUCGGCCCCAUGGCGCUGCAGAGCUCGGGGGUGGCCUUCCGCAAGAUCCUGUCUCACUUCCCCGAGGAGUUGAGCCUGGCUUUCGCCUACGGCUCCGGGGUGUACCGCCAGGCGGGGCCGAGUUCAGAUCAGAAGAAUGCCAUGCUGGACUUUGUUUUCACAGUAGACGACCCUGUUGCUUGGCAUUCAAAGAACCUGAAGAAAAAUUGGAACCAUUACUCUUUCCUAAAAGUUUUGGGGUCCAAGUUUAUCACCACUGUUCAGAAUAAUUAUGGCGCUGGAGUUUACUACAAUCCAUUGAUCCUGUGUGAUGGUAGGCUUAUCAAGUAUGGGGUUAUUAGCACUCGUAUUUUGAUUGAAGAUCUCCUCAACUGGAAUAACUUAUACAUUGCUGGAAGACUUCAUAAACCGGUGAAAAUCGUAGCAAUGAAUGAGAAUGUCGCUCUUAGGUCAGCCCUCGAUAAAAAUCUGAAGAGUGCUGUGACCGCUGCUUUCCUCAUGCUCCCUGAAAGCUUUUCUGAAGAAGACCUCUUUAUAGAGAUUGCUGGACUCUCCUAUUCAGGCGACUUUCGGAUGGUGGUUGGAGAGGAUAAGAAAAAAGUGUUGAAUAUUGUAAAGCCCAACAUAGUCCACUUUCGUGAACUCUAUGGCAACAUACUACAGGAGAAUCCCCAAGUGGUGUAUAAAAUCCAGCAAGGCAGACUGGAGAUAGAUAAAAGCCCAGAAGGACAGUUUACUCAGCUGAUGACAUUGCCCAAAACCUUACAGCAACAAAUAAAUCAUAUUAUGGACCCUCCUGGGAAAAACAGAGAUGUGGAAGAAACUUUAUUACAACUUGCUCAUGACCCUGACUGUGCAGAUGUGGUACGACUAGGGCUUUCAGCAAUCGUGAGACCUUCUAGUAUAAGACAGAGCACCAAAGGCAUUUUCACUGCUGGUCCUCCACUUCGAAGAUGUUUCACUUUGGGAACUGCAUGGGAAGUUCUUGAUUGUCCAUUGCUUUCUCUGCAAAGAUUUCUGCACCGAGAAAUAGGUUUGUUUUUCUUCCUCCUUCUCCAGUUACAUGAAGGAGCUGGGGGAAAAAAACCUGUUUGGGAUACUGCAUGAUCUGCCCACCUCCCACCUCUCUGACCAUCCCCUACCACUCUUCCCUGUUCCCACUCCACUCCAGCCACACUGGUCUCCUGGCUGGUUUUGGAACGUGCCAGGUUCUCUUCUGCCUGUGAGCCUUUGUACUUGCCAGGCACAGUCUUCCCCCAUAUAGACAGUCUUCCCCCAUAUUCCCCACUUCCUUCCAGUUUAUGCUCUAAUAGUCCUUCUUAAAGACUCUUUCUGCUUCUAGUAAUGCCAGCCCCCAACUUCAUUCACCCUGCCCUGUUGUUCUCCAGAGAACCUGACACACUAUAUGUACUUCUUUGUUUGUUUAUUAUCUAUCUUCUCCUACUAGAAUGCAAUCUUCAUGAGGCAGAGACUAUGUCUUCUUCCCUGCUAAUCAUACUUACCCAGCACAUAGUAGACACUCAAUAAACUAGGUGUUGAACGAGUGAAUGCAUGUAAUAGUAAUAGCUAUCAUUUCAUGAAUAAUAGAAUUACAAACAUUAUCUCUAAUAAAGAGUGAAGUUAUGCUUGAUGCAAUUAAUGCACUGAAGUUCAAGGGCAAUGAGGGGCUCACUGUAUAAGGAGGUGUUAGGAUCAGAAUCCACUGGGUAAAGGGAAAAUAAAUGCAACACUUAAGUCUUCAGUCCUGACCCCUCCUCUGUAGUCCUAGCUCAUAUACCCAACUGCCUUUUCAAUAUUUCUUUUUGGAUGUCUCAUAGGCAACUUGUACUAUAUAUAUAUAUAUAUCCAAAAAUGGAAUUCUUGACUACCCCUGCUCCCAGUAUAAAUCUACUCCUCCCCCAACUUCCCAUUUCAGUUAAUGACAACCGUCUGCUUUUGCUCAGGCCAAAAGCCAAGGAGUCAUCCUAAGUGUCUCACUUUCCUUCAGCCCCUACGUGUAAUCCACCAGAAAGUUUGCCAAUUCUGUCAGCUGACCUCAAAGAUCUGUCUCCCUUCCCAUAGUGUAGAACGGUUGAUGGGAAGUGGCUGCCCACUCAGGGGCUACAUUUCCUAGCUCCCCAUCGCCCAGGUGAAGCCAUGUGACUAGUUCUCAUCAACGGGACAUAAGUGGACGUGCCACACUCAGGACCAAGUGCCUAAGAAGCAUGUAUGCCUUCUCCAUGCUCUCCUCCAUCUAUUUGCUAGAAAAAGAGGAUCCUGCAAAGGAUUCUGGGACCCCAGGGGUUGGCAGAGUCACAAAAUGAAGGAUUCUGGGUCCCUGAGUUACCACUUGAAGGAGAGCCACUUGCUCUUCUAAUAUACCUCUUUGGACUUUAUGUGAAAACCACCAAGUUUUGGGGGUCAUCUGUUAUAGUAUUUGGCAUUACCUUAACAAGUACAUCUAUCUCCAAAAUAUAUUUCAAAUUGUCCACUUGUUUUCAUUAAUCUCUUAUUCUAUUUUGAACCACUGUCCUCUCUUAUCUGAAAGAUUAUAGAAGUCUCUUAAUUUAUCUCUUCGCUUUGAUUUCCCUGCCUACUAUUGACGGAAUGUCUGUGUCCUCCCUCCACAAAUUCAUAUGUUGAAACCUAAUCCCCAGUGUGAUUGUAUUUGGAGGUGGAGUCUUUGGGAAGUGGUUAGGUCAUGAGAGUAGAACCCUUAUUAAUGGAUUAGUGCUCUUAUAAGAGGCCCCAGAGAGGUACCGUACCACUUCUACCAUGUGAGAAUCUAAGAAGCAGAAAGCCAGUCUUCACCAGACACCAAGUAUGCUGAGUGCCUUGAUCUUGGACUUCCUAGCCUGUCGAACCAUGAGAAACAAAUGUUUAAACCACGCCGUCUAUGGUAGUUUUAUUAUAGCAACCCCUAAAGGACUCAGAUACCUUCCAUAGUCUAUUCUCUACAUGAUCAUCAGAAAAAUCUCUUAGGAAUGUAAAUCAUGUCACUCCUUUCCCUAAAUUCCCUCAAAUGGCUUUGUGUUACAUGUAGAACAAAGUCUGAAUUCCUUACUAUAGCCUGUCUACUUCCCCAUCUUUAUCUCAAACCUCUUUCCCCCUCACAUACUACAGUCCAGCCAGCCUGACUUUCACUCAGUUCUUCAAACAUGGCAGAUGUGCUCCUGUCUCUGUCAUAGGGCUUCUUCACAGCCUGUUUGAUCUGGUGCUGUUGGCCUUGACAUUCACAAUGAGCACAGUGUAUUGUUGUCUUCCGUCUUCUUCAUGGCUGACUCGGAAGUUAGGGGGAUGUGAUGAUGGUGUAGUGGUCAAGCUUGUUUCUUCUGGGGGCGCUCUUCCGAGGAUACUUGGGCUGCCUUCGGAGCCUCAGUCUCUUAGGCCUUUGAUAGGUGGGUGACGUGCGGAUCUUCUGUUUUGUGUGUGGCUGUGGAUGCCUUUCUUUGUCUUCAAAGCCUUUGCUUUGGCUUCGGCUCUGGCAGGGGCAGGGGCAUUCUUCUUUGCUUUCGGUGCCAUCUUUGUGAAAAACCACACACCCCCUUUUUUAAAUAUACAAGCGAAUAUGAAUUCAUCAGUCUAAGCAAGUUUGACUUGGAUU